AUGACUGACAACGCCGUAUUUGUCGAGUUGAUGGAGAACUAUAUGGAUUCUCAAUCGCGCAAUCAGUUUUGGUCUCCGUCUCGUACUCGCAAAAGCGCUUACUGCCAGCCUACCUGGGAGUUUUGGUUCGAAGGUACGCUGUCACAUCGAGGCGUCACCUCCUCAAUGAAGUCGCCCGUCACGUGGGGAAGCUUGCUGGGAUUUCCGGACGAUCCGUGGGAAUAUUCCCAAGCGUUUUGGGGGGCCUUACAACAGUUGGAAGCGCUGGGAAUUGAUGGAGCAAGCAGAAAGCGUUUGCUGGGUCCAUCCACGGUGCGAUGGGAGUACACACACCCAAAUGGCGGGAUGUCCCGGAACAUUCAAGCAGAUACGCUCGAGGCUAUUGUGCACAUUGCAAGUGUUUCUCCUAAUGUCACCGAAAUGACAGCGGCGGUGGGCCAGGCAGCCCUAUCGUCACUAAUUCAAGAAGCUAUCGGCAAGGCUGAUUCGUUUUAUAACCAUGUCGACAUGAAGGGGGUUCCGAAAUAUCUGGGUGUGAACUACACUCCGUACGAGAAAGAUGGAGAGCGGGAGUACUUAUCCCGAUUGGAUGUGGUUGGCACUAUGGAAGACAUUGGAGCACAUUCUUCACUGUGUUCGGCCGUGGCCGAGGCAUCGUCGGCAGACCGUUUGAAUAUUGAAUUCAGAGGGGAAUUCGAGCAAACCACGGGGCCUAUCCGGUGGGCGUGGUUGGUAUAUGCGCUAUUUUGCGGUACUUCCGGUGCUUCAAGAGAGCCUGUAAGGAUUCUUGCGUCCUUGACCAGUCAAGAUAUUAUUAUGAUUCAAGAGGUUUUGCGGAGAAACCACCCACAACCGCUUCUGGAGCAGAACCUACAUCGCCCCCCAGAGUAUGGGUUUGUGGACAUUCACGAUGGAGCGCAACUAUUCGGUAGAAAUGGUAUCCGAUUGGAAAUUACGCGUGGCGUGCGAUACCGAGCGCUUUACUGCCCGGACACUACGGACGGUUCGGUGGAUGUGGUUGUCCCUGGAUUUGGAAUGUGUACUACGAAGAUUGAGGAUGAAGUGAAUUUUGUAAAGGACACGGUGUGCCCAAUCCUUCCAUUCGGCCAGCUCAAGAGUAUCACCUCCCUUACGUUGGACCUUUUUCCUUUUGAAAGCGAAACCGUGCUGAUACAGCUCCUGAGCUUGAUUGGUGCUGAGCUUGAUUGGGGGAGGACUUCGCAGACUCUCACUUAG